AUGUAUCCGCCGGUAUACAUUCAGUUAUGUGAAAAGCUUAAGGAUGAUUAUCAGUUGAAGGAGACUGAUAAUGUAAGCAUCGAGGAAAGUGUUGCGAUAUUUCUUAACAUAUGUGCUCAAAAUGCAACUCAGAGGUAUGUUGGGAAGAUAUUUGGUCAUUCACAGGAAACUAUAAGUAGGAAAUUCCAUGAAGUGUUGAGUGCUCUCGAAAAAAUGGCGGUUGAUUUGCUUAAACCUGGUCCAAAUGAGCUCACACAACCUCAUCCUAAAUUACAAUCCAAUAGAAAUUAUUGGCCUUACUUUAAAGGAUUUAUUGGUGCAAUUGAUGGAACACAUGUUCCUGUCACUAUCGCGGGAAAAGAUUCAGAAAAAUAUUGGAACAGGAAAAGUGACACCAGUAUAAAUGUUUUAGCUAUAUGCAAUAUGGACAUGUUGUUUACAUAUGCAUAUAUAGGUAUUCCGGGAUCAGCUCAUGAUGCAAAAGUUUUAGCAGUAGCAAUGGAGGGACCUCAUCAAUUUCCAACUGCACCUUUUGGAAAGUAUUAUUUAGGAGAUUCUGGUUAUCCUCUUCCACCUGGAUUUCUUACUCUGUAUAGAGGGGAAAGAUAUCAUCCUAGCCAAUACGAUGGAGCUAGUCCGCCCAGUAGUUAUAAAGAAAUGUUUAACAAACAACAUUCUUCGCUACGAUCUGUUAUUGAAAGGACUUUUGGUGUGUUGAAAGGAAAAUGGCGGGUUUUAAGAGAGAAGCCAAGAUACAACAUACAUGUUCAAAGAAGAGUUGUUGCAGCUACAAUGGCUCUACAUAAUUUUAUCAGGCUAUCAAAUUUAGGAGACGUUGAUUUUGAUUCGGACUAUCCAACUGGUAAUGUACCAACUGAAAACUCUGAUUCAGAUGAAGACGAAGAACAUAAUAAUACUCAUGUGCACUAUAUGGAAGGCAUUCGAGAUCAAAUUUCUGCAUCUUUAUGGGAUUCAAGAUAA